AUGGCGGAACGCCGGAACUACAAAGGGGUAGGCGAUGCUUUGGGUCAGAUGGUGCGGCGGGAGGGGGUGAGAUCCCUGUGGCGGGGAUCGGCUCUUACGGUGAAUCGAGCGAUGAUUGUGACGGCGUCGCAGUUGGCAACGUACGAUCAGGCCAAGGAAGCUAUAUUGAGGAAAGGAUUAAUGCCCGACGGGUUGCCUACACACGUUGCGGCGAGCUUCACCGCCGGAUUGGUGGCAGCGGUAGCGUCGAAUCCGGUGGAUGUGGUGAAGACGAGGGUGAUGAAUAUGAAGGUUGAGAAGGGGGCGCCGCCGCCGUAUGCCGGAGCGCUCGACUGCGCAUUGAAGACGAUGAGGGCGGAAGGGCCUAUGGCGCUUUAUAAAGGGUUUAUUCCCACUGUUUCUCGCCAGGGACCGUUCACCGUCGUCCUCUUCGUUACCCUUGAGCAGGUUCGAGCGAUUCUCAAGGAUUUUUAGCUGCAUCUUGAACGACGUUUAUCGCUGGUUUUGAUUAAUGAUGAUGACGAAAAUGUAUUUUCUGCGUACUAUGAAGCAGAAUGGUUGCUGUACUUCUGAAUUAAAAUAUUUAUAAAAUUUUAAAAUUUUAAUCAUUA